AUGGCAUCCGUCAAGUCGCUAGGGCUUCAUCAACCCGCCGGUCUCCGACAUGCCAUCCAGGAGCAGAUCCUUCCUCCCAAUCCUAAACCCUCCGACUAUCGCUGGGAAAUAUUCGUGGAACAUCAUGAGGACCAAGAUAUCGAAGACGAGCUCCUCGUCACCGACACCUGCGUCGUCUGGUCCCGAGGCCAGGUCUUUCGAAAGGCCUUCAGGCUCGACCUCGAAAAGGAAACCAUCACACAAGCUCUCCUGACCUACUUCCCGACCUCCGAAAACGAACGGACCCCCGAGACCGCACUGCCAUGUAAGAUUGGUACGGAAAAGAAGCUCCUUGCCAAGGCCCUCGUGGUCUUUCUCAAGACCCAAGCGCACAUCUACUUCCUCUCGGGCACAAGCCAUGUCGUUCAUAUGCCAUUCGAGGUCGAAUCGGCCUGCGCGGCCCCUCAGGGCGUUAUAAUCCAGCGCAAGCAACGAUCCGACGCCUUUGCUCCCGUCUCACUGACAUUUCCCCGUGUACCGCCCAACUCCUUCGUCUCAUCGCAAGUCACAAACUUCACCGCCAGCCUGCAGCGCCCACCGACGUCAUCCUCCUUCUCUGUUGAGGGUCUCGGCAAGCCCAAGGUGCUGCCCCUGAGACUAAGCUCGACCCUGGGCAAUAUGUGGGAGUCCCCAAUGGAACAACCCGAGUCACAUUGGCCACGACUAGUGUGCUUGACGGACCCGUUGCUUGAGCUGGGUCUUGUGGUCGGCGCCCCCGAAACGAAUACCAAGGGGCGACUGAAGCCUGCAGUUCACGCCGUGAGGCCACUGUUCCUAGACCCCGCCGAAGAGAUACUCCAUAUCGAGAAGGUGUAUGAUGCUGUCCAGUCCAACUUUCGCGAGAGUUUCGGGGCUCCGCUACCGGGCAAGCGUACACGUACCCGCAAAAGCGAGCCUGCCGAGAAGGCAAAGGACCUCGUCGCAUCUUCACUCGAGCAAGACACCGAACAGGUUACUCGGCGUCAGUCGCGCCGAAUCAGCUCCAUGCUCGCUAGGGCGGAUUUAUCGACGUCCCAAUACGCGGAACAGCCGAUUUUGACGGGCCAUAACACCUCGAAGCGACUGGACUCGUAUGGCAGCCAGUACGGCCGCCAGAGCGGCGGGUACGGCUCCUUCAACUACAGCCAGACGAUACAUCCAAGUCUCAACAGCCUCCUAGAAGCACCCAUCAACAACGUUCUUGACGAGCUUCGCGCUGGGGGCGAUUUCGAAGGCUUCCAUAAUAUGGGAAUAGACGACCACGAACUCGAUGGCCUGGCCCAGGAAAUGUCCUUCACCAAAAUCAAGAGUAUUCCCGUCGACACGACAAAUAUCCGCUAUUCGGCCUCCUCUCAGCCGGCCAUCACUCAAUGUCGUGUUUUCAUCCUUGGCGCUCCUCCUUCUGCCGUUGACGAAAAUCAGCGCACCCAGGUUGUGAUCGGUAUCCAAGACACCCUCGAGAAGAGAUUACAACUUCUUACUCUUCAUUUCCCCACCAUCGAGAGGCCCGAACUGCUAUCCAAGGCAAAUAAGAAACCAAUCUCCUUGGCCAACGACGUAAUCACUCCUCAGUGUGGAGAACUCAGACGGGCUGAAAGCGUCGUGGACUCCUGCAAGAUCUCCCAUGGCAAUCUGUCCCUGACAUUUAUUCUCUCAGAAAAGCUCGGAGGCGGACAUGAACUCAGUAUCCAAGCACCAUGGGGCCCGAUGACGACCAUUGCGCUGCCGUUGCUUUUCCUAGAUAAUGUUCGCAGUCUCCAGUUUAACGGUCGGGCUGUUGACCGAGAUCUUCGCCAACAAAAGUCGGAAACGAUUAGCUGCGAAAACGGCAGUAUCGUGAGCCUUGCUCAUCCAAAGGGCAGGGGCACCGUCGACUUGGUUGACGCGGAGGGACGACGGCACCAGGUCAGGAUCCAGCUUCAGCCGUCGUCGCCGAUAGUCCGCCGUAUCCUUGAUGUAUGCGCCAACAUUCUCCCCUUCCCUCAUGGAGGGAAACUCCUGGGUGGUUGGUGGCACGUCAUGCAAUGGUGCAAGCAAGAAGGCAUCGAGACGGCGGAUAUCGAAUGGUCAUGUCUGGUAAUUGAGCUUUUGGCGUCCUAUUUGGCCCUGGACCCUUCAAACUUCAAGAGUCGGCCACAGCGGGCUAGCACCUCGAGGAGAAAGCGCCGCACCGCCUCCUCUUCCUUUAGUAUCGCACAGGCGACGGAGGAUUGGAAUUCGAUGCUUGCGCAUGAGGCGAAGAACUCCCUAGCUUGCCCAGAGUGGAUGCUGGGCCCAGGAUGGCAAUGGGCCUUUGAUGAUAUCAUACAGACGGAUCCCAAGCAAGCCGGUUCAUCGCCUUUCAAGACUGGCUUCAUGUCCACCCACGUGAGAUACGCGAAGCAGUUCCUCACUUCGACCGCUGGAGACCAUGCCCUCGGGACGCUUGGCUACCUCCCAACCAGCCAAGCAGUCGAUCCCGAUUUCCGUCGCCGGACAGCCAGCGACAUGUUUUUGGCCUUGCACCUUCUCCUUGAGGAGCAAAAGUUGGAUAUAAUGACGCCAGAUAACAGCCCAUCGGGUGGCGUGAACUUAAAGGUAGUCCUCUGUCAGCUGGCACAAUGGCUAGGCUGGUUCAACUUUUCCGACCUGUAUAGCAUCGGCAUACAGGAGGACCUGGACCCUAGCCUCGCCUCAGAAACAGUCGAGGCAAUCCACAGAGCGGGCAUAACAACGAAGGUGAUCGAAUCGCUACCCGAAUCCCUGCUCGUCCCUAUCCGCGACGCCAUCUCUCGUUGCCAACCUCAUCCGCCUAAUACUUGGCCCGCUGAGCUACUUGAUCUUGUGAACCGGAGCGACAUGAACCUCGUCAUGGCAUCCACGAAGCGUCUACGGCCCUACAUGACCCAGUUGCUUCCCCCGACCCAUACCGCGUCGUGGGAUGUGAAGAUGCUCUGCGAGAGCCUUGACGAGUACAACAACUUUGCUGCUGACGAGGGCGAAGGAAGCGAGCUUCAGUCUGUUAUCCGCGCGCUCUUCAAAGACGACCGCCGUCUCAACGAAGCCCAAGACAUCCUCUCCACCCACAAGGCGCGCAUUGUCCACCUCGAUCCCGUUCCCGGAUCGACCGAAAGCGAAUAUCUCGAACAGCAAAAGGAACUUGUCUCCAGGAUCGCUACGGGCACCCUGGCAAUUCCUGCGGGUCGCGGUCUUCUAUACUACAGUCUUCGGUUCCCGCUUCUUACGCAAAAGUUCCACAUUGGUGGUUUCAAUCUCAACUGUGUGGUGAAGCCCACCAAUGUGACAGUUGGUGUUGACAAAGCGCUGUUUACCGAAGAAAAGGUCUGCUGGGGAUUUUUCCACCAGGGUGUCUCCGCCGGUUUGUCUAUAUCGCCCCACGCCAAGGGCAUUGACACCUCCUGGAUCCUCUACAACAAGCCUGGCCAAGACCUGAGCAAUAGACACGCGGGAUUCCUUCUAGCGUUAGGUCUUAAUGGCCAUCUUAAGGGUGUCGCGAAGUGGGUGGCUUUCAAGUACCUUACGCCCAAGCACACCAUGACGUCCAUUGGGCUGCUCUUAGGCCUUGCGGCGUCGUAUAUGGGGACCAUGGACUCCCUCAUCACGAGGCUAUUAUCGGUCCAUGUCACAAGAAUGCUACCGCGGGGAGCUGCGGAGCUGAAUCUCUCACCCCUGACGCAGACGAGCGGCAUCAUGGGUAUAGGACUGCUCUAUUGCCAGAGUCAGCACCGGAGGAUGAGCGAGGUGAUGAUGUCUGAAAUCGAGCACAUCGACGAGGAAGACGAGGAAGAGCCUCUCCGAAGUGAAGGGUAUAGGCUGGCGGCUGGUUUUGCUCUCGGAUUCAUCAACUUGGGCAAGGGGCCCGACUUGAAAGGACUUCACGAUAUGAAGCUCACAGAGAAGCUCAUUGGCCUUGCCACCGCGACCAAGAAGGUUGAAGUAACACACAUUCUUGAUCGUGCGGCAGCUGGCGCGGUGAUGGCCAUCGCACUAAUGUAUAUGAAGUCCAAUGACCAUAUCGUGGCGCGCAAGAUUGACGUACCGGACUCUAUCAUUCAGUUUGAUUACAUUCGCCCGGAUAUCCUGAUGCUUCGUACUCUAGCAAAACACAUCAUCAUGUGGAGCAAGAUCCAGCCCACGAGGGAGUGGGUGAGAAACAGCCUACCUAAGGAGUACCAACCGGGUCACCUUCUCACGAGCUACAAUCGCCUUACGACCAAGAGCCUCCCGUUCUUCAGCAUCCUAGGUGGUAUUUGCUUUGCUCUAGGGCUUCGGUUCGCCGGCAGCGCCAACCCAGAUGCGAGAGAUCUUCUCGUUUCCCUUCUCGACCAGUUGAUACGCAUCACGCGCCUCGAGUCGUCUUCCAAGGAGCACCCUGUAUAUGACGAGGAACUAGCGCGUACCUAUGCGCGAACUUGCCAGGAUAUUGUGGCCAUCUCAGCCUCGCUCGUCAUGGCGGGAACGGGUGAUCUCGCCGUGCUGCGUCGCCUACGGUCCCUGCACGGCCGCGAUGACCCCACCACCCCGUAUGGCUCCCACUUAGCGGCACAUCUUGCCGUGGGCGCUCUCUUCCUCGGCUGCGGUACGGCAACGUUUGCUACGACGGAGGUGGCGGUUGCCAGCCUUCUCGUCGCCUUUUAUCCCGUGUUCCCGACCACUGUUAUGGACAACCGGUCCCACCUACAAGCUUUCAGACACUUUUGGGUGCUCGCGACGGACCAACGGUGCCUCGUUGCCAAGGACAUCAGCACCGGCCAGCCCGUCAGCGUUCCCAACACGCCCUGCCUCCUGCCGCCCCUCGAGGACAUUGUCCGCUUGCGCACGGAUGCCGGCCCGAUGUAUUGGGAUAUCGACCUCGACCUCUCCGCGCGACCCGCACCCAAGCGCCCGCGCGCGAAACCCCAAACCCUCUCAUCGUCCCUUUCCACCUCCGCCGCGGCCGCCGCGGCAAGGACCCACCACCCAACACCACAAAGACGGUCCACCUGCGCCGCCGGCCCCAAAGCCCGGACCGUUCUCGGCGCUCUCGUCGCUCGACGCGCCUACCGAGGGCCCUGGAAGCGCGGCGUCCUCAUCCCCGUCGCCUGGCUCUUCACCCUUCCCGCCCUGGCGGGCCUCACGCCCUCGGACCGCGCCGCCGUCCUCAACGCCGACCCAGACCGCCUAGGCAGCGCGGUGGACGCCCGCCUCGCCCUCCAGCAGGCCACGAGCAACGGCCAGCGCGACGCCCUUCUCGGCCUCAGGCUCGUUUUUGAAUGGGCGCGGAGGAGGGGCGAGGUGCACCAAGCAAGAAGGAAGAAGCGCGGGAGCAAGACAUACGAGGGCUCGGGUGGGGAGGAGGACGGGGAGGAAGAGGACUGGUGGAUCAGGACCGGGGUCGUGGAGGGUCUCCGGGGCGGUGUCUGGCUAGCUGGGCGCGAGCAGUAG